UUGGUUGAGGAUACAGGCACCAUGUACUCGACUGUGGCCAUCCUUUCUGGUCUUUUGACUUUGAUCACUUUCACCACCACCGUGACUGCCCACGGUUUCGUUCAAGGCAUCGUCACCAACAACCACUGGUACCCUGGCGCCCAACCCUGGUGGCGCGUCAACCCAAACGUCGCUCAUGCCAAAACCGCCGGCUGGUCCUCCCUAAACCAAGAUCUUGGUUUCAUCUCUCCUUCCGAAUACAACACUGCAGCCAUUGCUUGCCACAAGAGUGCCAAGUCCACGAACACACGUAUUCCUGUCAAGGCUGGCGAUAAAGUCAAGCUGCUCUGGAUCCAAGGUUCUUACGUUCUGCGUCACGAAAUCAUCGCCUUGCACAGUGCAGACCAUGACAACGGCGCCCAAAACUACCCCAACUGCAUCAAUUUCCAGAUCUCUGGCAAAGGCACUGCCAAACCUGCUGGAGUGAAAGCUACGAAGCUAUAUACUGCUAAAGAUAAGGGAAUUGCGAUUAGUAUUUAUUGGCCUGUGUUGAAGAGUUAUACUAUUCCUGGACCGACCUUGUGGAAGGGGGCUGUUAAGAGGUGGGUUGAGAAGAUUUGGAAGGCGUGA